GGCCGUUGUAAUUCGACAUGCAAUCAUCGUGGAGCAUGUCUUUUCGACGGAGUUCGCGGUCAAUGCUAUUGUAAUGCUGGUUACCAUGGUCCAGAAUGUGAAAUCAAAGAUUUUAACGAAUGUGAAGAUAAGCCAUGCCAUUGGUUAGCACAUUGUCAAAAUACACUUUCUUCUUACUACUGCACCUGUUUCCCCGGUUUUCAAGGAAACGGACACGAAUGUUCUGAUAUUGACGAAUGCGAAUUGGGUAUUGCUCAGUGUCCUGAGCAUUCUGUUUGCGUAAAUUUACCCGGAACUUACUUUUGUAACUGUACAGAAGGAUUCCAACAAUUGGGUUUACCAGCGGAACGUUGUGCAGACAUUGACGAAUGUGAGCAAGGAUUGCAUAACUGUCCGGGAAAUCUGAUAUGUCAAAAUAAAGUGAGUUACACUUACUGUUUAUUAUCCGCCUCAAAAAACCAAAAUGGCUUAUGCGUUGAUAUUGAUGAAUGUACCGAAAAAACAAAUGCCUGUGAUAAGAGGGCAACCUGUUCCAAUACACUUGGUGGUUACGAAUGCAGAUGUGAUGAAGGAUUUGCAGGCGAUGGCCAAACAUGUUCGCCCAAAUACGAUUGCAGUCAACAGGAAGGUAUCUGCGAUCGCCAUGCAUUUUGUCUUGGAUCAUUACGGAUGUGUAUUUGCCAUUCCGGAUAUGUCGGGGACGGUUUAAACUGUUACGAUAUCGAUGAAUGUGAGAGUAAAGAUAAUUUGUGCAAAGAAAGCUCAUCUGAACGUUGUGUAAAUCUUGAUGGAGGAUACGUCUGUUGUGCCAGUAACACAACUGAUGCUCAGUGCAUACGAGACAAAGGUGUUUUUUGUUCGGGAGGCUGUGGAAGAAAUGCUAUUUGCUAUAAUGAGACCUGUAGAUGUAUGGAAGGCUACAAAGGAGAUCCAAAAGUAAAAUGCGUAGACAUCAAUGAAUGUGAAAAUGACAAACAGUGCCCAGGAGUUGGAGAAUGGUGUGUGAAUUUAAAAGGUGGCUAUACGUGUUGCGGUUCUGAAUCCAAGAAUACAGAAUGUUUCGCAAAAAGUUUAAUUAAUGUACAGGAAAAGAGGGGUAGUGGAAGUGUACAAAGAAGUGAAGGAAGCUCACGCGAAUCAUCGUCCGGUGGUUUCAUUAAGAAAAAUGAUAAUUUGGGCCUAGGAUUUUUAGUUAGCCUACCAUGCGAUAAAGGUUGUCCAACCGAUUCACAUUGUAAUGGUGACUUAUGCCAAUGCAACGAAGGGUUUGUAGGGAAUCCUGUCAAGGGAUGUGAAGAUAUCAAUGAAUGUGAAAGAAACCCAUGCAGAAAUUCAGAUGAAAAAUGUAUCAAUACCCGUGGUAGUUUCUUAUGCUGUGCACCAGACUCUAAUAAACCUUACUGCACUGAAGCUCAAAGUACAGGUACUGGAGGUGAGUUUGACUUUCAUACAAACUCAGAAAAUAGAAGUGAAGCGGGGUCAUGGACUAUUAAAACGGUUGGAGAAUGGAAAAAUUCAUCUGGUGGAGCUCUGAUUAUUGGCAGGAAAAAGAUGAACGACAGGGAGAAAGAAGAUGAAACCACUACUACAGAACAAGAAGAAGAAGGCGAUUACGAAGGGGGCAAUCAACAACUUGGUUUAGAGAUUUCCAAUGGUGGCUUUGUUGGCGGUAAAAGCGGUGGUUAUAAAAUUGAAGUUAUUAAUGGAAUUUUGCAGACAACUCCAGGUGCAGACAAACCCGGCAUAGAUAUUUAUCCGGAAGAUUCAACUUUGUCAGUCGCCGAUGAAGAAAAAGCAAUAGGAAAAAGACCUCAAAAUGAAACGACCACUACAACAGUCAGCCCUAUGGGCAUCACCACCAGCGAUGUUCUAGGAAAAAUUGGAAAUUCGAAAGCAGGUGAACAAGGAGAGAACAGAGAAAGUUCUGGCAGUACGGCAAAAUCAAAAAAUGCAGAAACAGAAACUUCGAAACUUAACAGGCCUCACAUUGUGGCUGGUGAUACUAAGGAAGCCAUUAUACCAAAGAAAGAACAUCAUACUCCAAAAGCGGUAAAAGUUUCUGGAGAUGUUACACAGUUGGAAAGCUAUAACGAAACUUCAGCUGCUCACAGCCCUGGAACAAAUGGAAGUGCCAGUCAACCAAUCCCUAAAGAGUGCCUCUAUUAUCUUGAGAAGACAACCACGACUACAACCACGCAAAAACCAAACUGUGUUAAUGUAGAAUCGACUGGGUCAGCAGGUGAAAAAUUGGUAAAUACGGCAGAAAUCCGGUCAUCAACGGAAGCGCCUAAAGACAGUCAGCAAACAAUUACUGGCACACAAGAAAAAAACGAAGGAAGUACGUCAGAAUAUAGCACUUCUGUACCUGUAGUACAAGACAAGUCGAUGUCAUUUAGUAAACCAGCAACUUCUGAGCUUACAAAUACUGAAACAACAUUAAAAUCGGACCUCAGAGUAACUUCUGAUAAUCCCAGUAUAACAACCACAAUCGUACCAUCUUCUGCCGGUGUAACAUUAACCAGUGAGAAUAGUUCAGAAGAAAGCACAACCCAAAAGUCUAUAAAUCUUGAAAAUGAACCUACUGAAAAAACAGCUACUAAAUACUUCUCAGCGUCAGAGAGCGAGCGCAAGAGCACAAGUCCUGGUGAAGAAUCAUUUACUAAAACUACCACAAUCUUUCAGAAAACGUCGGCUACUCUAUUCCCGACAACGCAGGGGAGGCUUGUGGAUAACACAGAAACUGUAACCCCGAACAUACUAGUCAGUCCGGAAGCAGUUAAAAACACAGGUCCCGCAGAAACUCACUCCGAAUCAACUAUAGGUCCAUUAAUUUCAACUGAACUUUCUACUACUAGCUACGUCAGAGAGCCAAUUACUGAGACUAACAGCGCUUCUACAGCAAAUAAGCUAGAACCGUUCUUGACUGCUGGUAACACACAUUUAAAACUGACCACGAUGGCGUAUACUACAGAAGGACUGAGUCAAAACGAAAACCACCGUGAGCCAGAAAAUCUUUUACCUACAAUGAAAACAAUUUCAGUAGGCACAGAGGAAAGGAAAGAGUCAACAACGCCAUUUGAUAGAAAAGAAGAUUUGUCUUCUGAAGUUACAGGAAACAAACAUGAGAACGGGUUUACCAAUUCGCCCCGUCAAGAAACGAAGGAAUCUGCUUGGGAUGGGACUACAGCACAGGGAGAGGUAGCUAGAACAAAACCAAUAACCAACACUGCCUCAAAACCUCCAGAUCUCAGCGCAUUUACUGCGCCGUCACAGCCAACACAGAAAGAAGUGAUUGUAACACAAGAAGUUACAACAACUUUAGCGAGUGAAAAUGCAAGUAGGGAACGAAUUACAGCCACAACAGAGUCAAUAACAGGUAGUGGUCCCACUUCAGUAUAUGAUGAGUCUGGAAAGAAAAAAAUCCAAACCACAUCCAGUGGCGAUACAAAUUUAAAGACUUCAACCUUGUCUAGCGUUACAAUUGCUGGUGAACCGCAAAGUCUCUCAACCGAAAAAACGCGGGUGGAGUCAACUUUCUACAGCACGACAGGCGAAACAAUAACUUCGCUAGUUACAGAAAGGCCGGAAAUUGAACAUACAGUACCAAAAAGUACAGAAGACUUAACAGACGAAUAUCCUGAGGUCACAUCUUCCACAGAACCCACUUCAUCGGGCGAAGUUACAUCUGUAAAUGAGCAGGUGGCAAAAACGGGCCUUUCUGAAAUCACAGCUAUACAGCCCGGAUAUUCUUCCCCUCCUCAGCGAAUGGAAACUAUGCCAAAUGACAAAGAAGAGAAUGUAGAAAAGACACAUGAAUAUACCCUUUCUACUUACCCCGCUUCAUCUUCUGAAAGUUCAGCUGAAAAUGAUCGGACAAAAUCUGUCUCUGAAAAAUCAACGACUCUACCUACUUCAGAUAGACCUGCAGGAACUGACGAGCAAGCAGUAUUUUCAUCGGGCAGUGAAGGAAGCACAAGCCCAUCAGUAUACUCUCCAUCAUUGCCAACAGAAAACCCAGAAACCACUUUUUAUCGACAACCGUCUGAAACGGUUGGGGAACUUGUAGGAGAUGGAACCAGAAAUUCAGAAGUUGAAAAUACAACGCGAAAAGAAGGCUUAUCUGGCGGAGAAGAAACAAUACCUGACAGAACUACUCUGGUAAGUGAAAAAGAAGAGACUAAAGUGCAAGAGGUAUCAACAUAUUCAACGGCUACGGGGUCGCCAUUAGCGGAAAUAACUAGACACCCAGAGGUCACAUCAAAGAUGCGCACCGAAGAAUCGUACACAGUCAGGCGUGAUGAGGGGACUGAAGGGGAGGGAACAGUAGAAAGUCUGGAAUAUAGUAGGGGAUCAACAACCGCAUCAGCCACUCAUCACGAAACUCAAGUGAUGGACAAACAACAAAAUACGACUGGGGAACUCUCCACUCCAGAGAAACUGCCUGAGCAGAAAGGUCUUGUAACUGCAGGAUCUGUACUUGAACAGGAUAAAAUGACCACAUUAUCGGCAACCACCGAAACGUCAGUAAUAGAGAAAACUCUUGAGGCACAAGCAACGCGCGGCGGCGUAACUGACGAACUGCUUACACCAGAACAAACGUUCACCACCCUGUUUGGCCAAACAUCUGAAAAUUUGAAAUCUGAAACAAGGGAAGCAACACCACUGCCGGCUUCGAAAACAGUUUCAAUUACAGAAAAAGGUGAAGUCGCAGGAAAUACAGUUGAAACUACUCAGCAUGGAGCGGAAAAAACAACCCCAUCACAAACGAUUGAGAAAGUGGCAACGCCCACAACUGAAGUCCCAGAAAUCGCAAUCGGAACUUCUCAAUUUGGAACAGAAAUGACCCCAAAACAAACGUUUGGGGUGUCUGCGACAGUUAAGCCAGCAGCCUCAGAAACUACAACUGAAUCUUCUCAAUUUAAAACUUCAGAAACUACGGUUGAAAGCUCUCAUCCUGAAGCAGAAAACACAAAGUUACCAGAAAUUCUUGAGGAAAUGACUGCUACAACGAAACUGGAAGCUUCAGGAACUUCAGUUGAAUCUUCCCAACCUGAAGCAAAGAAAAUAACUUCGUCGCAAGUGUCUGAAUUUUCUGGAACAACCGAGCUAGAAACCUCGGGAACUACGGUUGGGAUUCAUCAUCCUGAAGCAGAAGAAAAAACUUUACCACGAGUGCCUGAGGUGUCUAUGACAGUUACGCCGGAAGCUACAGAAACUCCAGUCGGAACUUCACAGCCUGAAGCAGAGAAAACUACUCCACCGCAACUGCCUGAAUUGUCUGUAACAGUUACACCAGAAGUUCCAGAAAGUACAGUCAGGACCUCUUCACCUGCAGCUCCAGAAACUUCAAUCGGAAUUUCACAAACGGAAUCAGAAGAAACUACUCCACUUCAAUUUACUGAGAUAUCUAUAACAGCCAAAUCAGAAGUUUCGGAAGCCACAGUCAGAACCUCCGCACCUGCAACUUCAGAAACUACAACGGGAAUCUCUCAGCCUGAAUUAGAAGAAACUACUUCACCACUACUGUCUAAGCUGUCUGUGACAGUUACGCCGGAAGUUCCAGAAACUACAAUCGGGACCUCUUCACCUGCAGCUCCAGAAACUACGGUCGAAAUUUCAAAACCUGAAGCAGAAGAAACUACUCCACCUCAAUUUACUGACAUACCUGUAACAGCUAAAUCAGAAGUUCCAGAAAAUACAGUUGGAACUUCCUCAUCUGCAGCUUUAGAAACUACAAUAGGGAUUACUGAACCUGAAGCAGAAAAAACUACUUUACCACAAUUUUCUGAAGUACCUGUAACAGGUAAGUCUGCAGUCCCAGAAAGUACAGUUGGAAUUUCUCAACCUGAAGUAGAAAAAACGAUUCCAUUAGACGUUUUCAAAGAAGCAUCAACAACAACUAGUCCUGAAGCUCCAGACAUUAUAGUCAGAACUUCUGAAAAUCAAGUGGAAGAAACAACCCUUUCUCCAACGUCUGAGAAGACGUCAGUUACCGAAGAAGCUGCUGGGCCGGACACGACAGUCAAGUUAGAAACUGAGGAGUUGUUUGCUUCUGGAAGCCAAUCACCUUUUGGAGUUAGCUCGACUGGUUCAACUGAAGAACCUGGAAAACUUAUAACAGCUACCCAACCGGCAUCUUCCGUAAAUAUAAAGUCAACUGUUCCAACUGUCAAGACAAUUCCAACCUACGAUGAACGCUCCGGAGCACAUGAGACUUCUCUGCCUGGUCGAAUUACUGAGGACCAACAAUCUCAACGUACAGAUAGCAGAUCUACCGUUCCUGCUACAGAAACUCUUUUUGUUCCAAUAGAUUCAGAAAAAUCACCUGAUUCAGGUUACAAGCCGGACCAGUUGCCCGGGACUAGUAAAACGUCUGGUAACUGUUCAACACCUACUGAAGGUGCGAGUGAACGCUCUACAGCACCUGUACCUGUAGCAACAGUACCUUCAAUGCAAAGCAAUACUUCGACAACCGGCAUUACUAGAGGCGUUGAGCAAGAGGUCACGUUGCCUAACAAGAAUACUGAAGGAACUACACUUGAGGAAGCCGCUCUACCAACAACAACAACUAUAGACCAGGGACUUCUGGUAGGAUCACUCGAGCCGAGAAUUACUUCGCAAGGCAACACUUCUGCCACGGUUUACAGUAGUCAGACGGCCAAUGGAAGUCGAUGCUACAGCAGCGACGAAUGCACACAAGAUGCUUAUUGUGAAAGACGUUCAGGAGUCUGUCGCUGUUACCCGGGUUUUGUUGGUGCUCCACCACAAGUACCUUGUAUUGAUGUUGAUGAAUGCGCGCGACGUCUCGAUAGCUGCGACCCAACAUCGCGUUGUUGGAACUUUGUUGGAGGAUACACAUGCCUCUGCAAUAUAGGUUAUAGGAAGUUAUCGAACGGAAAGUGUAUUGACAUCGAUGAGUGUAUGGAAAGAAGAAAUGACCUGUGCCAUCCAGACGCUUUUUGUACAAAUCUCCCCGGUUCAUAUAUUUGCAAAUGCAAAGCAGGGGAUGGCUAUACGUGUAUUCCGGUGGAGAAACGACACUGUACACCAAGUGAGCUGGAGAAGUAUGACUGCGGGCGAAAUCAUUUGUGUUUGGUAAAUGCUACUGGACAUGGUGAUUGUGAUACCUGUAAGAAGGGCUACGAAAUGAAGCAUGGUGUAUGCUCAGACAUUGAUGAAUGCAGCAAUCGGAAACUGAAUGCUUGUCAUGAUUUUGCGUUCUGUAGCAACAUUAUGGGAUCUUACACGUGUCAAUGUCGGGAUGGAUUUCGUGGUGAUGGCUUUUUAUGCACUGAUAUUGAUGAAUGCCAGCAAAACCCUUGCCAUCCCCAGGCAUCCUGUAUUAACACACCCGGUUCUUAUAUGUGCAAGUGCCCGUCUGGUUGGACUGGAGACGGCGUUAAAAAUUGUAUCAAUUGGUUGGAUACGACUUGUGAGAAAAAAGAGAUAGCAUGCGGGAGAGCAAGCCAUACUUCAUGUCUUUCUGUUCGUAUGGAUAAGCUGGUUUCAGUGUGUGAAUGUGACGCUAACUUCCGGUAUAAUGCGGAAAAAAACACUUGCGAAGAUAUUGACGAAUGCUCUGAAAAUCGACAUAACUGUGAUCCGUCAAAUUCGAUUUGCGUCAAUACAGUCGGUGGCUUUUACUGCGAAUGCGCUCCAGGGUAUGAAGGUGUUGGUGGUGUUUGCGUAGACGUUGACGAGUGCUCGAGAGAUCUUGGUGGUUGUUGCAUUACAGCCAACUGCGAAAAUCACAUUGGAAGUGUUGGUUGUAAAUGUGCUAUUGGUUUUAUUGGCAAUGGUGUUGAGUGUAGACUUAUUUUCCCGAUUUCUCCUACAAGAGUUGGUUGUAAUGAAGAAUGGACCAAGCUCUGCUACAGCCAAAAUAAAACCUGCCAUGUUGACGACGAGGAAAUACCACAAUGUGGCUCGUGUUUGGUGGGUCACCAACCUUUGAAUGGCAAAUGCUUGCCUCUAAGCGGUUUGGGUAACUGUGCCGAUCCACAGAAGAAUGAUUGUGACUCUAAUGCUGAAUGUGUUGAUUUGCAUCCAGGACGCCAUUACUGUGUCUGUAAAGUAGGGUAUAUUGGAGAUGGCAGACACUGUGAUGGUCCAAAUUGCCAUUUGGACGUAUCAAUGUGUCACAAAAAUGCUUACUGUAAGAUCGACGGGAAAUGCCACUGCAAUGACGGUUACGAAGGAGAUGGUAUUACCAGUUGUAAAUGUACGGUUUUUCUAGAUAAUGAACUGAAAUAUCUUCCUAUUUACACAACCGGAAAUGAAAAAACGGAUUCUAACCAAUCCGGAGUUGGUAUUCCUGGUACUGAGACAAAUUUACCGACUGAUCAAAAAAGUUCCAAACACACGCUCAUUGAAGGCGCUAAUUGUACAACAAAUGCUACCGCAGUUGGCAAAACGUAUUCGGGAAGUACUGUAGAAUCAUCCUCUGGAAAACCAUCACAGUAUACAUCUGUUACAGUAGAACCAGAUGUGCUGCAAGGCGUGAACUUGAAACCUACAGAAAAGAAUGACACAUCAAAGUCACAGUCGAGUGUUAUUCAGAGAUGCACUGCAACCGAUCACUCUCCAUGCCACAUAUUAGCUCACUGCGAUAUCCCAUCUGGAUUGUGUGUCUGUAAACCAGGUUAUUAUGGAGAUGGUUACUUCACAUGCACGAAGGAUUGGCAAGACUGUACUAUCGACAGUACAAUCUGCGAUAUGCGCGCUAUUUGUGAUCUCAGCACUCGAAGAUGUCGAUGUAUUGAGGGUUAUAUCGGUGACGGAGUUGCUUGUGAACCUGAUGCCUUGGACUGUAUGCUGAGGCAAAAUCUGUGCAGCGACAAUGCAAACUGUAUUGGAAGGCGAUGUAUUUGUGCUGAAGGAUUUACAGGCGACGGAACUUCAUGUUUUCCAAUGAAGAAUGUGACGGACUGUUCUUUAUGUGACGCAAAUGCUGACUGUGUGGACGGUGUUUGCCAAUGCCUACCAGGCUACCUAGGGAAUGGAGCAAAAUGUAUCGCCGACUCAAAUGACUGUAUUCGUUUCCCUGGAAUCUGUCAUCGAAAUGGAGAAUGUGAUAAACAGGAGCGUCGUUGUAAAUGCCUACCAGGUUUUCGAGGGGAUGGUAUUGAUUGUUCCCAAUCACAGAGUUGUCUUCAGAAUAAGAAUGUUUGCCAUGAGAACGCUGAAUGCCUCUCAACUGGAGUGUGUCAGUGCAAACGUGGUUUCAUUGGUGACGGUACUUUCUGCAAUGCAGCUAUUCUUGUAAGUUCAGAGGGAGGUAAUGCAUAUCCUAAGUCAGGAAAUUCGGAGUGUAAGGAUAAAUGUGGUUCAAAUUCUGUUUGUUAUAACGGAAGCUGUAUUUGUUCGCCUGGGUAUCAUAAGGAUAAAGCGAACGUUUGUGUUGAUGUGGAUGAAUGCGCUCUUGGUGGUUAUUGCAACCCCUCUGCCAAAUGUGUUAAUCUUCCCGGUUCCUAUUACUGUCUCUGCGCUCAUGCAAAUGGCGAGAAAAACUGCAGCGCUGAAGCGAUAAGUUUUGGCGGCAUGAAAGUUGAUUGUGGUACCGAUGGAAUGACUCUGUUCUUGGAGGCCGAUAUGGCGCGCGUUGAUGGUCGCAUAUUUGUUAGGGGACAAACAGAAAACCCAUUUUGUUCAAAAAAACUGAGUCCUCUUUUGAACUCGUCGGAUUCUACAUUUAAAGUUCUUUAUUCGCAUUGCAACGUUCGCUACGAGGAACCGAACACCUUCUCGGUUACAGUAGUAAUCCAGCGUCACCCGAUGUUUAUCACUCAUUCUGCAGAGGCAUAUGAAUUAAAAUGUUCAUAUCCAGUUGGAACUCUACAGGCAAGCAGCAAUCUGAAUGUUUCUGAAUUAGCAACUUCAAAUUCGAUUGUUGAACAUGGGUCGGGUGCCACUUGCGAGUUAACAGUCACGAACGAGAAUAACGUUGUUAUCGAUACUGCGUCUGUUGGACAAAUUCUUCGCCUGGCUCUUUCUGUAAAACCGAACGACACUUAUGGCAUUCUUCCUCGAAACUGUUAUGCUGUUAAUCUUGAGACUGGUGAACGUUAUUCUCUAACUGACAAAGCUGGAUGCUCGGUUGACACGCAGUUGUUUCCGGAGUGGACCUAUGAGAAUUCGUCACUUACAACUGUCACUUUUAAAACCUUUAAGUGGCCUGAUAGUUCAAUGAUAAGAUUCCAGUGUGACUGUUCUGCAUGCGUUGGGCCGUGUCCAAAAGUGAACUGCGGUCGCCGACGUGAAGCUAUCUUGCGUAGAUUUAGGUUUAGGUAUAUACGUAACACAAAAGACGAUUCAGAAUAUGAUGACGACAUUCAUGGUUUAGUUAUAAAUAAAGAAGCUGGAGCUUUCUCACCACCUCUUCAUAUUGAUGAGGAUGAAGAGGAAAAGUUGGCAGAAAAGGAAAUGGAUAACUGGAAAUAUCAAGGUGGUUGA